CUGCGCUUUUACGCACAACCUCAGUGCCUUCCUGUUGGACAGCAGAGUGCCAUGAAGGCCGUCAGUGUUUGAGUGAUUCUCUCUCAUCCCGCCACGAUGAUGAUCCUGCUGCUGCCUGCUCUGUUGGUAACUCUGUGGGCAGAAGCAGCUCGGUGCCUGGAGGAGGAUGGAGGAUUUCAACUUCAAGGAAACAUCCGACACUUCGCCGUGCUCAAUGACACGAUUUACAUCGCAUCAGAGGAGAUGCUGUACCAGCUGAGCCAUGACCUGACUCUGGUUCAGAGUGUGACCCAGAGAGGGAUCUUAACAGGUGCUCCUAACCCGACUGACGCGCAGUUUACGCGGGUUUCUGAGAUGGAUACUUGGAACGCAACCUUCAGUGUUAACGUGUUAUUGCCGCAUGUUGCAGAUGGAAAUCUGAUAGUAUGUGGUGUGACUGAUAACGGGUGUGGUUACUGUGAACUGCUGGACUUGAGGAACAUUUCCAAUGUGGUCUACAGAGAGAACAUCCAGGUGGGCUCUUUGUGGCGCAGCAGCGCGUCCGUGAGUUUCCUGGUGAGUGUGAAGACCCGGACCCGAGCAGAGACUUACAUCCUCUCUGCUGUGCAGCAGUACAAGGUCUCUCCGACACGGUCAGGCUGCCCCUCUGUGUCAGAUGCAGUUAACCUUCUUAACACCAACGACGAUCAAAAAGGACAAAUAUUUUCUAAGAAUAGUGAGGAUAUAGAUCCUCUAAUCAGAGGUGAAGGUGAUCUAGACCUGGAGUUUGUGGAUGGGUUUCAGAUUGAUUCCAUCAUUUAUCUUUUUUCCAACGUUCCCUCUGAAGACAAGAGCAACAAAGUCCGACUCCUUUGGCUUGAAGGCAAAGGAGGCAAAUUUAAGACUCUGAAGUCGCUGCGGGGAGCGACUCUCAGAGUCUCUGAUGGAGAGAGAGGGCACAAACUGAUCUCCUCCUCGGUGAUCCGGGAUGGUCCGCCGGGUCUCUGGAGCGGCGUGUUCGCUGUGGACGGAGGACAAACCAACACCGAGCUGCUGGUGUUUGACAUCAGCCCUGAUCUCACAUCAAGGCCUGAUGCGGAUCCAGACUUCUGCAGUGACUGUGGAAAGCCAAAAUCACUGCCAAAGAUACUGGAGCCAAAGAAGGUGAUCUUCAAGCAGAAAUACAUGACCUCUGUGCUGGCAGUGAGACAGAAAGACUGGAUAGUUUUCUUUAUUGGGACGGGAGACGGGCAGCUCAUUAAGCUUGCUGUUGACAAGAACUUCCAAACCACCUGUCCCAAAGUGCUCUUCAAAACCAAAGAUGACCACAGAGUGUUUUCAAAAUUACAUCUGGAUGAGGUGGAUCUGAAACACGUAUAUGUUCCAUUUCAGAACCAGAUAAAUCGUGUCCCUGUGUCAGACUGCAACACUCACAAAACCGUGCAGGCCUGUUGGUCUGCACAGGAUCCAUACUGUGGUUGGUGCGGCUCUAAACAAAGCUGUACAUUGGAGGAUGACUGCAAAGAUCCAGACUGGUUAUCCAUUCCUGAUGAUUCUCAAAAGAAGAUGGUUUCCUACAAAGUUGCACAGGACAACAGUGGACAGGUUCAAAAUGAUAUCAAACUGAACAUCCAGAUGCAUGUGACAGUGGGUGCGGGCAUGCCUUCUAACUUCAUCUGUCAGUUCUCUGCAAGCUCCAGUGAACAGUUUAUAAUGGAUAACCAACAGUUCCCACAGUGCACCUUCAUCCUCCAAAAUACCAUACUUCCUGCUAAAGGACUGCCUGGUACACUCAGAGUUGGACUUGGAUCGACAGAAGUGUUGGAAAAGCUGAACCUUUUCAAUUGUACAAACAUUAGAGGACCACCAACACCUGUCCUGUGUCAGCAGUGCAUUGAGGCUGGAUGCAGCUGGGCUACAGACAGAUGUUCCUGGGCAAAUCAAGGCUCAAGAAAUGACAGUGUUUGUCAAACGAUGGCGUCACAAAUGAACCUUUCUAAACCAGAGAUCUACUCCAUCACUCCCAGUGUUGUGUCUUUCUACGGCAGAAACCACGCAGUGUUGAAUGGGAGCAACCUCGGUGCUGUGACUGGAGUGAGGAUCCAGACAGGCAUGUACUGCACACCAAAAGAGAUUCCUGUUGGGGCCAUCACUCGUGAUAAUCUGACUUUCCACAUCCCCCGUGCAGAGAAAGGUUUAGUCCAAGUAUGCGUUGUCCUCGCAGAUGGAAGUUGCCAUGGCAACGCUAUUAUCACCUAUCAAUCAGCACCAUCCUGCACCAAACUUUCACCCACUAGCUCCUGGAUCAGUGGGAAAAGGAAAAUCACAUUAUUUGGAACCUACCUGGAGUUUGUAGAAGCAAUCAAACACAGCCAAGUCCUGCAGGAAGUUUCCACAAACACCAAGGAUCAGAAAAUUACUUAUGACUCUCCUGCAGCUGAAAACGCUCAUGGAACAUUUUCAAGCACUUUGUCAUUGAGAGUAGCCAACGAAACCUUGGCCUGUUCCACAACUCUAACCUACUAUCCAGACCCUGAGUUUACAACCUUCUCUUCUACAACGUCAGGAGACGAUAACCGCAUCAUCAUACAGAAAAAAAUGGACAAACUCAACAUGACCCUCACAGAAUUGUCUGUGUGGGGCAUUCAUGAAGAUAAACAACACCCCUGCAUCAUGGAAGUCAAAGAACUCAAUGAGGAGACUGAGUUUUUCACCUGUGAGAUUAAAAACACACGCAUCGGGAAGUUUCAGGAGAUAAAGAUACAGUAUGGGGGUAAGACAAUAACCCUUAAAUCUUCUCGCCUGUAUCUUCUGAUGCUGCUUGUCCUUCUAUUGAUACCUGUCAUCAUUGUUGGGGUGGUGAUCAUCUAUCAAAGUAAACAAAAGAAGCUCACUGCAAAGAUGAAUAAGAGGAUGGAAGAGCUGGAGCUCGACAUCAGGAAUGACAUUAGACAAGGUUUCGUGGAUCUGCAGACAGAGAAAGCUGACCUGAUGGAAAAUGUUGGGGCCAUUCCUUUUCUUGAUUACAAGCACUUUGCCUCCAGGAUCUUUUUCCCUGAGAGUGAAUCUUUGAUGAAAUUAUGCAUCAAAGACAUCGGCCAGGAUGGGGUGAAGGUUCAGCUUGAUGAGUCUUGCAAAGGUUUAUCCAGGCUGAUCCAGGAUCAGUUCUUCCUCACAUCUAUGGUGCACGCUCUGGAGGAGCAGAAGAGCUUCACCAUCAAAGACAAGUGUGCGUUGGCGUCACUGCUGACUGUAGCGCUCCACAACAACUUGUCGUACCUGACAGAAGUGAUGGAGGCUCUGCUGAGGGCUCUGAUGCAGCAGAACAGUAACACCCAGCCCAAACUGCUUCUACGACGCACCGAGUCCACUGUGGAGAAACUGCUGACCAACUGGAUGUCCAUCUGCCUGUACGGCUUCCUCAGGGAAACUGUUGGCCAGCACCUGUUCCUGAUGGUGAGCGCUAUCACACAGCAAACUGCCAAAGGACCCGUGGACUGUGUGACAGAGAAGGCUUUGUACACGCUCAGCGAGGACUGGCUGCUGUGGCAGGCUCAGGACUUCACAUCCUUGAAACUGAAGGUGCUGUUUGCAGUGGGUACUGAUGGAGAGGUCAGCGAGCCUCUGGAGGUGAACGCUCUCAGCUGUGACUCGAUAGAACAAGUCAAAGAGAAAAUCCUGACCACCUUCAAGGCCAAGUUUGGGUUCCCCUACAACAUCACGUUCAGGGAAGCUUGCAUCGAGUUUGAAAAAGCUGGUGUGUUUGUUCCUCUCGAAGAAGUGGAUGCCAGCUCAGAGGUGAUAGGAGACGUGACAAUGCUCAACACGCUGAAGCACUACAAGGUUCCUGAUGGUGCAACAAUCAAGGUGCUUUCUAGAAGAACUCACGCUCCUCUUAGCCCGCAGGGAAGUCUUAAGGAUGACGAGAACUUCUCUGGAAAAUAUUUCCAUCUGAUUGAUCCUGAUGUAGACGAGGACCACAGGAAGAGCCCAGAGAGGAAGAAGCUAAAAGUGAAGGAAGUGUACCUCACCAAGCUGCUCUCCACUAAGGUGGCCGUGCAUUCAUUUGUGGAGAACCUGUUCAGAUCUAUCUGGGGGAUGCCACACUGCAGAGCUCCACAUGCCGUCAAAUACUUCUUUGACUUCCUGGACACUCAGGCAGAAAACAUUAAGAUCAACGACCCAGAUGUCCUGCACAUCUGGAAGACCAACAGUUUGCCCCUUCGCUUCUGGAUCAACAUCCUUAAAAACCCACAGUUUGUUUUCGAUAUGGAGAAGACUUCAAACUUAGAUGGCUGCCUGUCAGUCAUCGCUCAGGCCUUCAUGGACUCUUUCUCUCUGAGUGAGACUCAGCUGGGGAAGUACGCUCCAACCAACAAGCUCCUCUACGCCAAAGACAUCCCCAAGUUCAAACAGGAAGUGAAGGUGUACUACAAGCAGAUCAGAGACCAGCCACCAAUCACUGACUCAGAAUUCAAACAGUUCCUACUGGAGGAAUCAAAGAAACAUGAGAAUGAGUUCAACGAAGCUGCAGCCCUCAGAGAGCUCUUCAAAUUCAUCCAGCGAUACUUCACAGAGAUUAAAGAGAAGCUGGACCAAAACGGAGCUCCUGCUGAGCUGAUUGAGCAGUUGCACGAUGUCAAAAACCAGUUUGAUGGACUAAAAAGCUGCUCUUGGAGCUAAGCUGCCUGUUUCAUUCAUAAUAAAGACAUGGGGAGAGAAGCACUCAGAAAGCUGACUAGAGAAGCACAACCAGAAACAUGCCCUGCUACCAAGGUGGAGGAAGAGGACGAGUGUAAAGGAGUUACUAAACCUGCUGGUAACUGAGUCAA